ACACAUCCAGCAGCUCCAAGUGCGAAGACGGGAGGCAGGGAGAGGGGAGAGGGGUUGAAAAGCCAUGAUCUAUUCGAUUAAAUAGAUCAUUGUAAACUGAAAAAAAACAAUAUCAUGUAACUAAGAACAAAACUAAAGCUAAACAACAAUCCUCCCUCUCCCAAGUCACUUCAACUACAAGACGUUUGAUUCAGCAUUCAAGGAUUUAUACAAAAAAUCAACAAACGAUGAGCGACGAUUCUCCAAGUUCAGCCCGAGGAAAAAGGGAUCGACUCUCUCCGUUUUGCGCAUGGAUUUAACAGCGCCCGGUAGAGGUUAAUCCGUAAAUUAUUGUUGAUUUAUUAAAGUUUGAGAGUUCCGGAAGUUAGUGGUGAUUGCGCUGAGAAGUGAUGAGCGGAGGUCGCUUUGAGUUUGAUGAUGGCGGAGCUUAUUGUGGAGGCUGGGAGGGAGGAAAAGCGCACGGGCACGGGAUCUGCACCGGACCCAAAGGACAAGGAGAGUUCUCCGGCUCUUGGAAUUACGGGUUCGAGGUGGUCGGAGUCUACACAUGGCCAAGUGGAAACACGUAUGAGGGGUAUUGGUCCCAGGGGAAGCGUCACGGUUUAGGUGUGGAGACCAAGGGCCACUGGAUCUACAAGGGAGAGUGGACGCACGGCUUCAAAGGCAGAUACGGGACGCGCAUCAGUCAGGGCAGCGGCGCUAAGUACGAGGGCACUUGGAAUAACGGACUGCAGGAUGGUUACGGCACCGAGACCUACGCUGAUGGCGGUACCUUCCAGGGCCAGUUCACAGGUGGCAUGCGGCACGGUUAUGGAGUACGUCAAAGUGUUCCCUACGGCAUGGCAGCAGUGGUGAAUUCUCCCCUGCGCAACUCUCUGAGCUCCCUACGUAGUGAACACAGCAAUGGCACACUCCUCCAGCAGGACGUCCCGGUCAUCACCGCAACCAAUGCGUCAGGCCAGGAGACUCCAGUCAAUUCUCCCAUGCCUCUGGGCCCAUCCCGUGGUGGCUUCGCCCUCACCCUGCAAGUGGACCCAGAUGCGGUCAAGCCCAAGAAAAGUGGUCUCUUUCGCCGAGGCUCAUUUCUUGGCAAGUUAAAAAAGUCUGAUUCCCGCACGUCUCUCUCCAGCCAGAAGAGCAAGAUCAGCUUUUUGCGGACUGAGUCAGCAUUGAGUUCUGCUGCCAGCGAUGCCAACUCCACCAUCAGCCUGGGCGAGAGCGAGGGCGAAGGCGAAGGUCACAACUUUCCCCCCGUAGAGGCAGACAUUGAUGCCACCACCACUGAGGUCUACAUGGGAGAGUGGAAAAAUGACAAGCGUUCGGGAUACGGGAUCAGCGAACGCUCUAGUGGGCUUAAAUAUGAGGGCGAGUGGCUCAAUAACCAGCGCCACGGUUAUGGGUGCACCACUUUCCCAGAGGGUGGAAAAGAAGAAGGCAAGUACGUCAACAACAUGCUGGUAAAGUCUGUGAAGAAGAAGGUGAUUCAGCUAAAGGGCACGAAGAUUAAGCAGAAAGUGGAGCGCAGUGUGGAAGGAGCACAGAGAGCAGCCGCUAUUGCCAAACAGAAGGCCGAAAUCGCCAACUCAAGAACGACCCAUGCCAAAAGUAAAGGAGACACUGCAGAACAGGCUGCUGUAGCCGCUAACAAUGAGUCCAGUAUCGCUCGAGUAGUUGCCAGAGAGCUCUCUCCCUCUUUCCAUCAACCAGGUCCUGAGUAUAUUAAAAAGCGAGCCUUGCAGGAGGUUGCAGAGAGCAAUGAGAACAUGGAAACAGGAAUUCAUGAGCCCUUGUUAGCUGAGGAUUCCCUACCAACACCUCCUGAAAGCCCAUUCAUGCAUGAGAUGGAAGGUCUGAGACCAAGCUCCACUCCUGCACGCACCCCCUCACCCACCCUAGUCAUUGUUCCUCAGGUACCAAGCAAGGAUGAUCCUCACCUCUUGAGCCCUGGGAGCUGGAAUGGAGACAAGGUCAGUCGAGGCAGUGCUAGCAAAGGCAGCAGUCGAGCAGGUAGUAGGCCGAAUAGUAGACCCAUCACACCUGCAGCUGCUCCCACUCCAGAUCCUGCUCCAGAAGAACGCUCGGCUCCCAGCAGUAAGGUCUCAUCUCGUACCCCUAGCCGUCAGAGUGCCAAAGUGGAGCAGGGUUCAGACAUGGAAAUCAAAGCUUUGCAGAAAACAGACAUAGAGUCAAAAGUGGCAGAACCUGCCCCUGUUGCUAAACCAGUAAGAACCAACCUCAUCCUUCCCAAUGAUGAAGAAGAACCACCACGUCCUGUACCCAAGCUGUCCCCCAAAGCAGCCACACCUGAGCCAAAGGCAGCUGAAGUCAAGCAUAGAGCUGACACAAGGCAGCCCGUAAAUGAGCGCCCUGCUUCAAUGACAGAAAGUAAGCCCGAGUAUAGGACAGACGUCAGGGAGGAGAAGAUAUUUAACAAAGUUGAGCCUAAACCUUCACCAAAACGAGAACCAAGCCCUGCCCCAAAAGCCACACCAAAGCCUGAACCCAAGACAGUGCCUAAACCGGAACCUAAACCUGUGGUCAUGCCGGUUGCAAAACCUAUUGCCAAGGUGGAGGCCAAAACUGAGACAAGGCAGAGGUCUAUUAUGAAAGCCCCUAGUGAAAUGACACAACCGUCUAUGGAGCUAGAAGAGGGGCCAAACACGAUUAUGAUCUGCAUGGUUAUAUUCCUGAACAUUGGUUUGGCAAUUCUUUUCGUUCACAUCUUGUCUUGAGGUGACAAAAUCUAAGGUGAAAGAAUCUACCGUGGGGAGCUGUAAGGAAGCACUGCGCUCCAUUAACGGCUCUGUUGUUGCGUUAUCCAGUUUCAGAACAGCCCUCCUGAGCUACUCUGAAGAUGGUUGCCAUCUGUAAUUGGACCGAGUGCUCCCAAAUGAUCAGUGUGCCUCAGUGCCUGAACAUUACAGAAUGAAGCAUUUCUGCACAUUUGCUUUGUUUCUAAAUGGUACUGCUGCAUUUAACAGGUCUGUUAAAGUCUAUUGCAGCUGGAGCUGAAUCAUCUAAAAUAAGGGCUAAUUCACGUUGUGCACGUCACGAUCUAUAGAGCAAAACAUGUCACUUGGCAUGUAACAUUCAUCUCUGGAGAAUAAAUAAGUAGUUGUGAUGGUAAAAAAAAUGGGUCAAUCCUGUUUUUUUUUUUUUUUUUUUUUCAAUGGCUAGAUCAAAUAUAAAAUCCACCAGUGCACUUAUACUUUCACAUGCAUCCAAAGUUCAGAUGCUGUAUGCAAUUACACAUUUUAUGUCUUAAAAUCUCCCCUGCAUGACUGAAUAAAAAUAUAUGUUUGACAAAUAAAAUGUAUUUUACAUAAUAAAUGUAUAAGUCUUCUACAAUGUACACUGUAAAACCCAAAAAGUUAAGGUAACUCAAACCGUUUGAGGAAACUGAGUGCAACAAACCAUUUAGGUUCAAAAACUAAUCCUAAUGAGUACUGUGAACUUAAUCCAUUUGAUUAAAUAAAGCAAUUUGAGCACAGUAACCCAAUAAAUGAAGAGAACUCAAAUCAAUUAAGUACUGUAAAACCCAAUAAGUUAAGGCAACUUAAACUGUUUGAGGGAACCGAUUGCUACGUACAAAUUUGAGUUUGAGUUAAAAAAAAAACUAAUCUAUAUGAGUACUGUGAACUUACUCCAUUUAAGUUGAAGUAGAUAUUUAAUUAACUCAUUACCUUCAAAUCUGAGUUCAAAACUCUUUUCAAAUGAGUAGAAAAUAACUUUUCAUAAAUUUUGAGUUAACUACACUCAUUUGAUCAUUUCAUUUGAUAAUGAGUCCAAUUGACUGUUGGGUUUUACAGUGUAGUGGAAUACUUGUAAAAUGAAAAAUGACAAGAAAACAAAUUUUGUAAUUUGGAAAUGAUGUCUAUUAACAAUUAAACCGAAGCAUCCCUAUAGAGAAGGUCUCCAAAAGUUGGUGUGAGAGUUUUUAAAAAUGAUUUUGUGGUUUACUAAUUGUUGUACUGUGAAUUUGUGAUUACUCUUCAGCAUUUUUCCGCCUGUAUUAGUCUAAAAAUAUGCAAGUAAUUUGAAAACGUCAAACAAGGUUGUGCAGCAAACUCAGUGAAAAUGUACGUCUCAGAUUUUGUAUGCAUGUUUGCACAGUCGAGUGUUUUUGUACAUUUCUAAAUGAUGGAUUUUAACAGAAAAAAAUGCACAUUUCGUGAUUUUUAUCUAACACAAUAUCAGGAAUUCUCAGUUUAACCAUCAGUGUAGUAAAUAUUACCUCAGAUUUACAAAGGUCUUAUAGGAAAUAUAGUUAACUGUCCCAAAUGUUAUUUAUUGACAAAAUGAAGGAACAUUAUGAAUGAUUUUACCAAACAUCUGAAUUACAAAAUACUCACCCAAAAUGUAUACACUCUAAGAAAUGCUGGGUUACUUAAACCCAAAUUGGGUAAAAAUGGACUAACCCAAACAUUAGGUUAAAUUAAGUCCUAUUAACUUCAAGAGUUCACACUUAGCUGAUGAUUGAUUAUAAAGCUUAAUUGGCAUGCUGUCCCGAGAGAGAGCCCUGAGCUCAUAAGAUCCUCGAGCCCGGGGCUCCCUCCCAUUUGCAAGGCGAGAGGGGAGUUUGAGUUCAGGUAGAUCUAGAGAACUCUGCUGUAGUAGCUAAUGAACAGAUAGUGACUGCUCUUAAAAGAUAACUACUUACUGGGUGCAUGUCUAUGGUGCUGAUUUGGAUUAGUCAGUUAACUUAAGCUGCAUGUUUUUGGAUAGUGGAAGGAAACCGGGGAACCUGGGGGAAACCCACGUGAGCACGAGGAGAACAUGUAAACGCCACACAGAAAUGUCAGCUGGCUUGGUAAUGACUAGAACCAGUGAAGUUCUUGCUGUGAGGCAACAGUGCAAACCACUGGCCCACCAUGCCACCCAUCUAGGAAAGGCUGUUAUAUGGGUAUUUAGGCCUAGGAAUCGUCUGAUUGGUGUAUCAUAAAUUGGAUAAUGCGGGACAGCAAGCAAUCAUAAGCAUGUGAUUCUCUUGAAAUUAGUUUAUAAAUAAACUUCACUUAAUUAAAAAAAAAUACUCAGCAGUUGGUUUAGUCCAGGGGCGUCCAAACUCAGUCCUGGAAGGCCAGUGUCCAGCUGAGUUUAUCUCCAACUUGCUUCAACACACCUGCCAGGAAGUUUCUAGUAUAUCUAGUAAGAGCUUGAUUAGCUGGUUCAGGUGUGUUUAAUUAGGGUUGGAGCUAAACUCUCCAGGACACCGGCCCUCCAGGACCGAGUUUGGGUACCACUGGUUUAGUCCAUAUUACACCCAAAAUUGGGUUGAAAUACUGCAGCAUUUUUUAGAGUGUAUAACAAUCACUGUUUGGUUGUGUAAUUGUAAUACUAUUUUUGCCAUUUGCAAGAAAUCUUGAAGAGUGUUUUUGCUGAGAAUAAAAUGUGUAUUCUCAGACAAAACUGUACAUGACUGUUACAUUUAUCUAAUAAUUCAGCAUGGUUAUGAUGCAUUGGAUUACUUGCGGUUUUCUCUAUUUGAAAGUUCCUGCAACUUUCCCUUUUCCCCACCCGUCCUGUUCAUUUUCUUGUGUUUCAGCACUCACAAUCAUGAAUGGAAUUGUUGCAAUAAAAGAAAAUGCACCACACUAUUCAAA